AUGGAUGAUCUCCAUCGGAGAGUAUGCGACAAGGCACCACUGAUCGAAUGCGAGGGAUGUGGACUUGUGAAGUACUGCAGUGAUGCUUGCAGAAAAGCAGAUCUCAAGGUCAGCCACCAGGGUCUGUGCAACUCUUACCGGAAAGAAGCUUCCAUGCCGUCCAAGGUGGAGAAGGAUAUCGAUGACAAUGGUGCUGAGCUAUGGGAACAGAGCGAUGACCAUAGGUUGAUUGCCUCAUUGCCCGCCUAUAACAUGCUAGACCCGAACAACGAUCUCCUCUGGGACCAAGAGGAGAUCCAUGUGCUACUGGGAGCUUCGGGAGACCUAGGGACCCUGAUCAAGACUAUUGUUGAGAUCCCACAAGCCCGCGCCGAUAAGUUUGUAUUCGUAUUGAAUGAUCGGAACGCCAGGGUUGUCUGCCGAAACCUCAUCAUACUUAUAGCCUGCAUCAGCCCUGAUAAUAUGGUCUCCACAGCAGAAGCCAUCAUCCAUUUGUGGUACUCGGCACGCUUACCCUCUUGGGCAAUGCAACUGCUCCGUGAUAGAGUUGCAUUAGCUCUUCAGUGUUUCUCAAAGCAUACCAGAGUGAACGAAACUCCCAACAUGCUGUCAAUGGUCAGCCUACCUUGGGGCAAGGACGACAAAAGCAAACUUGAACUAGCAUUGCGCGGAAGAAUCUAUGAGCAAGCACUUGAAUACUUAGAUUGCAAACCCAUCAGCCGAUUCGAUAUGGAACGAGAGCAGUCCGUGUCUGGCACUUCCAUGGCCGCCAACUUUCAGGCGAAUAGGGAACUGUCGAGAACCGAUGGACGCUGGCGCUUUUCCAAGAUGUUGUAUCGAUUAAGCGAUGCCGUACUGCCAGUGUUGACGGACACUAGGGAGUUCAAUCAACGAAACCACUCGUUCUUCCAAAAGGGGAGGUGUCUGCAUGAGUCCAGACAGCCAAUAAACGGCUGGCGACUAGCCGACGUCCUACAAGUCAAGUCUCACGCAGCCAGCAAUGACUUGUACGGGAAGCUCUUCCACUACUUGCGUCCUCUCCUAGUCCGGUUCAUGUUGAAGCUGCAAAGCAUGGAGCCAACGACGAUCACAAUGACCCAAAUCGACCUUAACAAGGACACAACGCAUUUGCUGAACCCAAUGAGGUUCGACUUGAUCGACGUUACCAAUAUGGAGUUGACUUCGAACCGAGACGUAUUCGAGGCGACCGUAGCCCCAUUGAAAACCCUCUUGUGCGAAACGCCUUCGGCAGGUAUCAUCGGUCGCUUCCACAGCACUGAUACACCGGCGUCGGAUCUUCAUGCCCAGGCUGCUCGAUGUAGCCUGCAAGUACGGCGGGAAGCUGUGUUGGACAGCUGGGGAACGGAGUCAAAGCCCAAGCACCUGUGUAUACUAGAAUGGAACCGUCGAGCUGAUGGCCCGGAGGAAGAAGGCCAACACUGUCGCAACCCGGUGGUGGAGGAAAGGCCCACCAGGCCCCUGGAUCCGUCUAAGCAUCAGUCCCCGUUGCCCACCCAGGACCGACGCCCGACAAGCUGCAGUGACAAGGCCGCAACUGGUUUGCAUAGGAGCCUGGGUCACAGAGCAACGCCAGAAUCUCAAGAGGUUACCCCGCAGCCACCUUCUUCUUCACCUGAACCUCAUCCUUAUUCUAUUACUCCUCAUCCUCAUCCUGGGCCGGAGGGAGGAGCGCAUCUCGAGCACCACCAAGCAUCCCUCCAGCCUGUGACCAAGUCCCAGCGCAGGAAAGCAUCAAAGCCACUUAGGAACAGACAGGCCUGGGAUUCAACAGCGCCUCCGCCAAGCUUUGGAAGCGAUAUCGAUACCAAGCAUCGUCAAGCCGGAGCAGCUGGCCAAGCCAAGCUAUCUGCAGACACCUGUCCGGUGGAUCAGGACCAACAAGGACUCGUAGGUGCCAUCGGGGAACAAGUCAACAGCGGCACCAGGGCGGCUAUCACACCGUCACAACACCCACAGAGCGCCAUUACCAACCCGGCCGAGUCCUCAGUGGCACAGCAGUCCGAGGCAGAGAACCCUGACAUAUCUUUUGUAGUGAAUGGUGCCCUGAAAGAAGCUGAAGCAAAGACCAAGACAAUUGCACCGGCAUCCGGUAUUGCCAACUCCGCAGACUCACAAGAAGUUGGGAUGGACAUGGCGCAAUCAAACGGCAACGCAGACUUCCGAGCUGCAGCACCUGAUGUCCACCCCAAGGCUCGGAGCAACCAGCAACAGAAGAAUCAAAUCGACGGGCGGCACCUCAAUUCGCGUCGCAAAGUUCUGGAAGCUCACCCGUACACAGUCCGACCAGCACACAAAGGUUCUCUUGGACAAUACGGCGAGUUGCGCAAUUCUCCGCAGGUUGAACUGGAUCUUCUUACCCCAGAGAAUGUUGACAGAGGCCUGACGGCAAGGGAGAGACUUGGCCUUGCACAUAAAACGGUUGACGUCCAGGUUCUGGGUGAAUCAAAAGCUCAUCCACACUCUUCUGGCAAGAAAGUUGAAAAUAGCACAAAGAGACCCCUGGAGACAACUGACGGCAUCUUUGAUACCUCGGACUCAGCUGUACCCAAGACCCAGCCGGAAGAGCGCCAAGGCAAGCACACUAUAGCGGCAAAAAGGAUCAAGAAGAAGAUUAAGAAGAAAAACCUGAUAGCAGAGGCUGCAGCGAGGGCUCAAGAACAGCAGCUAUCCGCUUCUCAGCCCACAAGGGUCAGAAAUCAAUCAGAAGUGCUGCCAGAGAAGAAGCAGGGCAUAGGCAAAGGAAAAGGCAAAGCUAAAGGCAAAGACUCAAAGUCUACAAUCAACAACGCCAAACCUCUAGAGACGCCGAGCUCAGGCGCCGAUGGCAAGGUUGGCCAAGAAUCUUCGUCGAAGCCAGCCGACAAACCCGUCAACGAGUCGCACCUUGCACAAGGCGGCCAGGAGGAAAACAAGCACAAGGCUGAUGAUUCCCUGGAUUCUCUAGUGUACGACAAGAUUGACAAACUGCAGAAGGCGUCGACGAAAGAUCCGGCGAUGAUGUCAGGUGCUCUCGCAAGCCAACCCGAGCAGAAUAAUGAGACAGAUUCCAUCUCUGGUGAUCAGUCGAACAGAGUAUCCAACCGAAAAGCUGCCUCCAGCGAGCAGUCGGGCCCGCAGGAGAAUCUAACCACCACGACUUCCACUUCUGCACAGUCAGAGUCGUUCGCAGCCACAGCUUAUGCGGAAGCCCUCCAAGGAAUGGAACCUGUGACACUCGAUGGUGACGACUGGACUACGGUCAAGCGUGGAAAGCUUCCUCGUGUGAAAUCUGAUUCAAUUGACAGCUCUCAGGAGACUCCCACGUCUUGUGUAAUGGGAAAGAUAAACGCAGGAAAGGAGCUUCUCGGUUUGAAGAAGAAAGCCGAACCUGCCCAGCCUGUCCAAGGACGCCGUGGUGAACAGCCUUCUGGACAGCAGGUGGCGAAGAAAGUUUCCAUGGCGACCGAACAAAAGAAGACAACGCCCUCUACAGUCGCUCCUGUGGCACCUUGGAGCAAUACACCCCAAGCAGUCAGCUCUUUUGUCAUGAAAGAACACAUCCCGGUUGAUGCCAGAGCGGGUCCUUCGCAUCUGGGCAUCGUCGAGUCUCCCUCUCAGACACCUGCCGUAGGUACACAAAGACAGACAAAGGAGAAGAAGUCAUCGCGAGCCAACACUGUCAAACGGGCACCAAACCCUCGUGGGGGCAAGGCGCAGCAGAAGGAGCUAUUAGGUGCUGACUCUCAACUGUCUUCGAGACCUCGAAACCAGGGCGCCAGCAAAGACCGUCAAGAUGGCAAAAUACCCAAGUCUCUGCCUCGACAUGACAACAAAGGCAUCAAUGAAGGAGAUUCAGUUUCAAGAAACAAUCGAUCGAAUCUGAAAGCUAUCAAGAAGCCUGAAGAGCUUGAUUUCCGUCGUGAUAGUGCUGUGGCUUUUGACCCUAAAGCCUCCUCGUCCCGCAACCAUACUGGAAACGCACAGCAGAAGAUCGCAGAUGGGGAGCCGACUGGCAUUGUUGGCCAGAGCCAGGCCGUGAGAUCCAAAGCCCAAAUCAAGACCGAUGGUCCGAGUACUUCUACCGUCGAGAACGUUGUUCCAAGCAAUCAGACUGAGAAUAUGUCAACAGCACCCGAGGCCAAUGCACAAGCAUAUAAAGGCAAGGAAAAGCAGGAGAAGCUAACGGUUGGUGAUGCCCGGCCCCCUGACUUCCUCUCGCAGCUGGAGAAACAAAGAUGCACGUCUGUCCCCGAGGAGCAGACCGCUGGCACGGAAUUCGAGAAACCUGGCACCUCAACUGAUCUGGGCCGGGUUCACAAUCCUACGAACUCCAUCAUUGACUCUUCUUUGCUGACAACUGAGACGGCCAAACAGGUAUCAGAGUCCCAUGCACCCAUGUCAUUCACCCCAAACACAUCAAGCAGGCGAAAGGUGCCGGCCGAGAAUGGUUCAAAUCAGCGAACUGGCUUCAUGACGGGAAGAGUCAACAACAAUGGCACCAGAGGAAAACGGGCACCGGCCAAGAAUGAGACCACUGGCAAUGCGGAUAGAGGCCAAGUCUAUACUAGGGACUCGAGAAAUAACCCUGCUUCAUACACGCAACAUGCCGCCACUUUGGGCCCCCCCCAAAAGGACAACGCGUCAAGGACCGAACCAGAUAUGCCCAACUAUUACGUUGAGAGUCCAUUUCAGAACUUCAACGUGCCUGGAGGUCCUCACCCAGUCAUCGGCGGUGACUACGGAUCGGCUUUCAACAGCAUGGUCGGCAAUCCGUACGCUCCUCAAAAUGCCACUUCCCAUGGCUCUUAUCCUCAAGGUUCCCAAUUUGACCACGGAGGAGCGUUCAAUAGCCAGUAUGAUACUCUGUACACCGCGCCUCACAGUAGAGUGCCUCGGUACAGCUCGGGUCAAGCCGGUUUCGAUGGCCCGGCGUUGUAUUCGAGCCCUCGCGACAUUUAUGGUGGCAUGAAUGGCACAGUUCCUGGACCGGCGAACGCAUCUGCAGAAAGCGUUCAUCAUUGGCAGGCGCAUCCGCAGUUCCCGGGACCGUUGCCUGGACCACUGCCUGGACACCCUCGUAUGGGGGCGGGGACCCAAGAAUACGGUUUGGAACAAUCUGCUCAGCAACCGAAUACGAUCCAUGUUGAGAAAGUUGAGAAGGUUCACCAGAGCGGUUCCACUGAGGCUGGUGUCGCACAUAAAAUCGUCGAACAGGCGUCAUCUGAAAUUGAGAAUCGCAUCGCACCAUUGCCGCACGCAAAGUCGGUACCUAAUGCGCAAUCUGCACUCCCGUCAGAGUCUCGAGUUUUACAAGGCACGAUUCCCGAACCCGAGCCUGCUCCUGCUGCUGUUGAACAGCAAAACGAUCCAGACGCAACAGUGACUGCACAACAAGACCAGGCCUUCCUAGCUGGCGACGCGGCCUACAAACACGUGGGUAAUAGCAGAUCCUCCAGUGCGCCGAACGUACCCAGUGGAAUGGAUACUGGUUCCGACAUUGACGACACCCCAAGAAGAAGGUCAGCAGGUGAUUCCUGUAACGGACUGUGGGAACCACAGCAAAAGCCCCGUGGUACACAGACCGUGUCCCCGGUUCAUGCUUCUCAGGGCAUCCAAACAGACGAGACGAGAGAUACCGUCAACAAGCCGUCACAAGCAGAGAACUUGACCAUGUCUUCCGACAGUACGGUCCGCACUAACGGCAUCACAUCUGGUGCAAACGGCCAUCGCCAGAACGGCCAGCAGACGAACGGAGGACCGCCCUCUGACGUGUGCCUGGAGGCUAUUUCCAGAACCAGAAACGAGCUCACGAACCUUCUUCGGCUGGUAACUGACAACGGUAAUGACACUGCCAUCACGAUCAAUAUCACGCUCAACUCAAGAUCUACAACGGACCAGAACCGAGAGCAGAGCGGAUUGACGCAGGCGAGCGACGGCAACGGCAACGGCGCCGGAACACAUCGUUCACAGCCUCAUGGUGCGUCUCACAGCGCAACCGGAAGACCAGACUCGCAGUCCACUGCUACCGCCGCACGAGAUCCGAGCGAGACAGGCGAACCAAACGAGGUACGAUACACAGAACUUGGAGCCCGAAUCCGUCCUGGAUAUACGAUUGACCAACUUUCUGACUUAGAACGAUUCACAUGCAUCACGUGGGAAGAGAUAACGCACCGUGUGCCACCUCGAGACGUGCCGUGGACGGAAGCAGACAAGAGAGAGCACGAUGAGACCCCCAGCACACGCGGUCCGACCUUUUUGACACCCGAGCAGCGUGGAAGCUAUUUUCACUAG